AGCCACGGCGCCGUCCCUCCCCGUCCCCGCGGGCCGUCGCCCACCGUUUCUUCCUCUUCUGCUUCGGUUGCGCCGCGCACAAGAAAUCCGUGCAGCUCCUACCGGACCGUGGAGCCCCACGCGACCCAGCUCCCCACCCGUGGCCGCGCCCGCCGCCUUCCUCUCGCCGCCCCGGAUCCAGAGAGGUAAUUUUUGGCGUGGUGCUUUCGCUCGUGUUGCGCGCCCCCGGUCCUGUCGCGGCAUCCGGCGUGGAUCUUGGCUCGGAUUGUACCCUGCAGCAAAAGGAAGGGUUACGAGCUGGGUUCGCGGUUUCCUCCUCGUCGUCGGCAGGUUCAUCCCAAGGCAUAUCUUGUUGCCCCUGAUUUUAAGUUAUACAAUUAAGGCCAGAAAAAUCAGCUUUAUUCAACCAGUGAUUGGAUAUGGUAUCAGUUAAUCUUGGUUUAGUACAUUAUGUACUGGACCACAUAUAUGGAACUCUUCUUCAUCGCACAAAGUUAGGAACACCAUUUUUCUCAAAAGGAUGGGGAGGUACCAAACUUGAUUUGCUAGAGAAGAUGGUGAAGCAGCUAUUCCCUGAGGCACGUUGCCAAAACUGGCCACCAACUGCUGUGCAGCCAAUGUGGAAAACAGUUUGGGAGACAAACAGUUCUUGUCUGCGAGAGGGUGUUUUCAGGACUACAUGUGAUGAGAGACUAAUCGACGCAUUGCCCCCUGAGAGUCACAAUGCAAGAGUUGCUUUUCUUACUCCUAAAAAUGUUACACCAGAGAAGAUGUCAUGCGUGGUCCAUCUUGCAGGCACUGGUGAUCACACAUUUGAACGCAGGCUUCGGCUUGGUGGGCCUCUUCUGAAGAACAAUAUUGCAACUAUGGUUCUUGAGAGCCCCUAUUAUGGACAGCGACGUCCUAGCAUGCAGCGUGGUGCAAAGCUCCAGUGUGUGAGUGACUUGUUACUCUUAGGGAAAGCCACAAUUGAUGAAGCUCGCAGUCUCCUGUACUGGCUGCAGACUGAGGCUGGUUAUGGCAAGAUGGGCAUAUGUGGGCUCAGCAUGGGUGGUGUGCAUGCUGCGAUGGUGGGAUCCCUUCAUCCUACACCAAUUGCUACACUACCAUUUCUCGCUCCACACUCUGCUGUGGUACCUUUCUGUGAAGGGGUCUACAAAUAUGCCACAGCUUGGGAUGUGUUGAGAGAAGAUGCAGCAGCAUUAACUCAAGAUGUAACAUCUUUGACAGAGGAUGCAGCACAGAAAACUGGGGUCACUAUUGAGCAAGUCAGAGAUAGGUUGCGGUCAGUGUUGUCUUUGACUGACGUCACUCGAUUUCCAGUCCCAAAGAACCCACAGGCUGUCAUCUUUGUUGGUGCAACGGAUGACGGUUAUAUUCCCAGACAUUCAGUCAUGGAGCUUCAGAAGGCAUGGCCAGGCUCCGAAGUCCGGUGGGUAACAGGAGGCCACGUUUCAUCCUUUUUCCUCCACAACGACGCGUUCCGCAAAGCCAUCGUGGACGCCCUUAACAGAUUGUAGCACCGAGGGGAAGUCAUCAUUGUGAUGCCAGUUUAUAUUGUGUGACUGUUCUGAACUUGGGGUUGCGAAUUGCGGCAUCAGCUGAACCCACAACCGUAUGCCAUGAUAGGCACACCCUGUGCUGAAGGGUUUUGGUAAAUGACUAUUUGUUGUAGCUUAAUUGUUCUGCUUCGCAUGAGAUCGGAGGGAGGCUGGUUGUACAUCAGAUAGCAUGUAACACCCCAUUAUUUGGCAGUAGUUCUGCAAUAAUUUAUCCUGUCACCAUUUAUCAAUCUUCUGAGUGUCUGACAUGUCAACACUGGCUGAAUCAGCUUGGCAA